AUGGAGUUGCUGUCCACCCCUCACAGCAUUGAGAUCAACAACAUCACGUGCGACUCGUUCCGGAUCUCCUGGGCCAUGGAUGUUGGAGACCUAGACAGGGUCACUCACUACUUCAUUGACCUGAAUAAGAAGGAGAACAAGAACUCCAAUAAAUUCAAACACCGGGAUGUCCCUACCAAGUUGGUAGCGAAGGCAGUUGCUCUGCCCAUGACUGUGAGAGGUCAUUGGUUUCUGAGUCCCAGGACGGAGUACAGCGUGGCGGUGCAAACAGCCGUUAAGCAGAGUGACGGGGAAUACCUUGUGUCCGGAUGGAGUGAGACCGUCGAAUUCUGCACAGGGGACUAUGCCAAAGAGCAUUUGGCCCAGCUGCAGGAGAAAGCGGAACUCAUUGCAGGGAGGAUGCUCCGCUUUUCGGUCUUCUACCGGAACCAUACCAAGGAAUAUUUCCAGCAUGUCAGAAUGCACAGUGGGAACAUCAUGAAACCGUACCUGAAGGACAACAGCGGCAGCCAUGGCUCGCCCACCAGUGGAAUGCUGAACGGCAUCUUUUUCAGCUGCCAUACCGAAUUCAACACAGGUCAGCCUCCCCAGGACUCACCUUACGGCCGCUACCGUUUCCAGAUUGCUGCCCAACGCCUCUUCGGCCCCAACACCAACCUCUACUUUGCGGACUUCUACUGCAUGUACACCGCCUACCACUACGUCAUCCUGGUACUGGCACCCAAGGGCUCUCCGGGAGACCGCUUCUGCCAGGAGCGCUUGCCCCAGUUGGACAUUUCCUGUAACAAGUUCCUGACAUGUUGCAUGGAAGAUGGAGAGCUCGUCUACCGCCAUGCCCAGGAUGUCAUCCUGGAGAUCAUCUAUACUGACCCAGUUGACCUCAGCCUAGGAGUGCUGGGGGAGAUCAGCGGCCAUCAGCUUAUGAGCUUGUCGACUGCUGAUGCCAAGAAAGAUCCCAGCUGCAAGACGUGCAACAUCAGCGUGGGGCGCUAGAGACUGGAGAGGGGUGGAGAGGGAAAGGAGGUGAGGUUUUUGCAAAAGGAAGGCCCUCGGGAAUGGAUGUGGCUAAGGCGGUUGGCUGGAGAAGCCAUUCACUGCAUUCUGCUAGCACUGCAUCCAUCUCUCUCUCUCUCAACUUCGUUCUCACUGUUUUGCAUGUUUGCUUAGCCGUUGUAAAUAAGAUCCCAAAGUAAGAGAGAGAUGGAAUCAGGGCAGCUUUGCAUGGCCUGUUCUUCUAGCCAAAUAAAUAGACACCUGCCUGCCAUUUUCUGGGAGGCUCUGUACAGAUACUAGAGAAAGGCUGCUCACCUUCUGUUUCCCUUGCCCCAGCUAAAACAGGUGGACAUUUCACUUUGCACACACACACACACCAAAUUGUCCGGCCAGUGUGAUUAAAAAUGCUCCAGCUUCCUUUAAGAGGACACCACAACUGGAACGUUGUCUAGUUCUCUUUCUCACGGCUUCCUUUGGCCCCUUCUUUUCAUGCCAUCCACAUUCCCUUCCUGUGGGAUCGCUGAACCUCCCUAAAGGCCCUCUUUCCAUGCGCCUUCAUCUAUGAUAUUCUCUGCUCACAGGAGUAUGAAGGAGGUGAACUUUCCAGCAGAUCAGCUGGCCCAGAGGCUACCAUCACAGCCAGGCUUUGCGGCCUGAAGAUUGGCUUUGUGGCUGGCACCAAAGGGAAUCAAAGCCACGGUAGAGGUGGGGGUAGGAGGUCUCCUUGCCAGUGAAGAACCCAGAGGAAGAAAUCACCUGGAGAUUCUUCUCUCCAUCCCCCAAGGUGUGGCAUCCUAUUUCUUCAUAUCCUUUAUUUAUUUUGAUCAAAUUCAACAAGGGGAAUGACAGGUUCCAACAGGUCUGUUGGCAUUUCGGAGGAGGACUGGAACGCUGGUGGGUGGUGGCUGCACAGAUGUACCCAACCUGUCUCCUGUCAUGCUGCCCAAUCUUGCCCAGUAGCUCUGCUUAUCUAGGUUGGCAGAGAAAUCCCAUCUGCCCAUAAUGGUCUAGGCUGCAUGUCCUUAUAGGACUGCCUUCUGAAGGUAAAAGGGAACUCCUGCAGGAAUAGGGAGAGCUGAGAUUGGAGGCACACUACAUGGAUGUACGUACAAUGGGUCCUUGGUAUCCACUGAGGUUUGGUUGCAGGACCCCCCAUGGAUACCAAAAUCCAUGGAUGUUCAAGUCCCAUUAAAUAGAAUGGAUAAUAAAAGAGUGUCCCUUGUAUCAAAUGGCAAAAUCAAGGUUUGCUUUUCAGAAUUUAUAUAUAUAUGAAUAUUUUCAAGCUGUGGAUGUUUGGAUUCAUGCAGAAAGAAUCCAUGGAUAACUGCUUCUGCUCUGUUCUCUUUGUCACAAGUAUUCCCAUAAGCCUCUAAUUCAAACAAAAGAAUUGCAUAACAGUCAUGCUGGAGGGAAAGAGGUUGCUUAUCCCUUUUCCCUCUAACUUCCUUAAAAUGUUAUCUAAUGUUCCUUUGCUCCCAACUGCAGCUUCUGAGGUUGAUUUUGGAGUGACAAGCAUUUGCUGUUCAACAGCCAAUUUCUCUCUCUGAGGGACAGUGACUUGACCGAGUCAACUCAUCAGGGCAGUAGCAGAGGAAGGAUUUGGAUUUAUUCUUGUUUAGCCAAAUAACCAAACCCACCGGACCACAGUGAAGCCAGUCUGUGGCAAAGCAGCUGCUGAUCCUGCAGCUGCGCAGAAGAAGCUAGCAGGGAUGGAGAGAAAGAGGAAAAUCAGCCCGGCCUGCAAGGAGUUAGCAAGGCAUUUGCGGCCGCUCCCUGGCCCUGUUGAGUCUCAACUUGCCCAUUGCCUCACUCAGCCAUCAAGAACCUGCUCUGCCAAGACUGGCUAGACCUGCUCUUGGCGGCUGCUAAUACCACCAUCCCCUGUCUCUAUGCCCCAGGCUUGGCUUCCUCCUCCUCCUCCUCCAGUAUAAGUAGUUUUUAUUUGUUUGGGUUUUCUCGUGCUGAGUGGGAAUAUUUUAUCUAUCAAGGGAAACUGCCUGCCAUGCAAGUGCCAUUUCUUGGCAUGGCACUGUGACACGACAAGGCAAAUUAGGGAGGGGAGAGAGUGGCUGUCGCCAACUGUCUCCAGUUGGCAUGGGAAUCUUACAGAGUAGCAUGGGAAUCUUAUGCAGUGGCUUGGGAAUCUGAAAAGAGAUUCUUUUUGCAUUGAGGUGUAACACAGGAGUGCUGCCCUAGAGAACUUUCUUCUGUCCCAUGGGAAACCAAAAGGAAAAGCACAGCCUCUCUAACCAGGCAUUCUCUCGCCUUGAGAUGAGGAACUCUUGAGCAUGUUGUCUUGGCCAAAAAAAGACUCCACAUCAGGGAGCUUGAGCAACAACAUGCUUGUGAUUCUUUUGAGUCUACAACAGGGAUGGGAAAUGCCGCCACAUUUCCCCUAGGAGCAUGGGAACAUUUUCAUCGUGUUUUGGUGUCUUCUUGGGCCAUUUUAUGCUCAAGAGAGGCUAUAUAUAUAUAUAAACAGAAAAUGACUUCCAUUCACUUCCUGUUGUUUUAAACAAAGAGGCUUCUCUUGGAUCUAAAAUGGUCUAGGGGAGCUGAAAAUGGGGCAAAAUGCCCCCACAUGCCCAAGAGGUCAUUUGAGAGCAAAAAGGCUCAUUAUUCAUCUCUGUGUUUUAGAGGAUGCAGCCGCCAAAGGUCCAUUGAGGGGGCUCAUGUGUCCCCCCUAGCCUUCCAUAGUUUCCCACCCCUGGCUAACAACUAAGCUGAACAGCAUCAGCCUCCACCAGAUGAAACAAAGCCCACCAGCUAUGUGUUGCAGCCUGCCAGGUGUGUGACAAUUUGCUCUGCGCAAUUUUCACAGUCCUAGGAAGCAGCAAAUUGCUACCUUGCAUGUCUAGCGGGGAGCGUUUCAUUCAGCGAGACCAGUGUGCCUGUAGGCCACUUCCAUAGCAUGUGCUUUGCCGCUCUUGGUCUUCAAAGUUUUUCUCUAGGAACGGUGACCACCCUUGACAAGGAAGAAUCUGCCAUGGGGCCCAAGUCUCUGGAAAAAGAAAAACAAUUGGGCAACCUUCUGGGGAUGCUUUAGAUGGAGAUCCUUGCAUUGAGCAGGGGGAUGGAUUCGAUGGCCCAUGAGGCUCCUUCCAACUCUAGGAAGCAAAUAUAUCUUGUGAUUAACCAUCCUCCUUUGUUAAGUUUGGGUAUGUGCACAUGCCCCAAUGGCAAGGCUCUAUGGACUUGGCCUGGGACCCCAAAUCUUUUACAAAACACAGGGAUUUAAUAACGGAAGUCCAGUCCAUAUGGAUUAGGUUCCCAGAUAGUAGGAAGAGGGGGCAAAAAAGUCAUGGACUGAAAUCCUACAUCACUUGGAUAGAGCAUAUGUGUCUCAUCCCUGCAUAUAUCUAUUUUGGGAUGGGGUGUAUGCCUGUAACCUGGCAUAAGCAAAGUGUGUCCCUGGGGCUACAUAUAGCCCCCCAAGAGGAUUUUUUUUGGUGGCUAUCAACACCUCCAGAAGCCCUGAACUAACCUUUUUCUGGACCAAAAGUGAGUGCAAGUUGCUUUUCUGGAAGCUUCCAGGUGCAACAAUUCAUCCAUACCCUCCAAUACUGUAUUUCCCAGGUGAGAACUGGGACAAAUGUGGCCAAGCAACAUCAGGCAGUAAAGGUUAUUACUGAGGAAGAGCACACAGGCUAAGAGAGGCUGCAGUCGUUUGCUUUUGCCUGAGUCUGCAACCUCUUUCCCUCUCCUCCCUCCUAUUGAGUUAAUUGUGUGCAAACUAUUUUGCGCACAAAAGCAAAAGCUCAUGCUAAAAUAAAAACCAGUUAGUCUUAAAGGGGUGUUGUCAUAUUCCUUUCUUUCCCCUUCCCUUCUUCCGUUUAAACACAGAGCAGCUCUGAAAGGCUGAGAUGGUGGGUAGAGGAUGGCGGUGAGCAAGCUUUUGAAUUUCCAACUUCAUUGUUCUGUUCAAUGCCUUGCCAUUUUAUAGUUGUCUGGGUAGACAGCUUUUGAUCACUACAUUUCAAAAGCAAGUGGUUGGUUUUGUGUUGGGCCAGGACUGUGGGAGAGCUGGAGCAAUGGAACCAUGUUUGGCCAGUAUCCAGUUGGGGCAUUAGGCUAACAUAAGAAGAUCAUUGUGCAAGUGGCUGCACAUUCUCAAAGGCAAUAGAAGUGUGGUCCCUAGUACAAUCAAUCAUUGUGCAAAUAUACACACAGCCUACUUUCACCAUCAAGCGAUAGGUGAUCUCAGGACCCAUGGAAUUGCUUUGGUUGUGCACAAAUGGGAUCCAGCAGGAAUGAUACUGGUAUAUAUUUGUAUUAUGUAAAAAGUGUAUCAGAUCCCAGCCUCAGUGUACUUUCGGUCAUCUCAUGUUAGGAAUGAUCCUUAAAAUAAGAGCCAUCUAGCAACCCCUGUAUUUUUGGGUGGGUUGGGAAGACAAAAUGAAAACUGCCAAACCACAAGGAAAAUGGAAGCUGUUUACAAUGAAUUUGACUUGCUUGGAUUCUAUGGGAAGAUCUAUAUUCCUCUGCAAAUAUUCCAUGUAUUAUUAUGAGGGCAUUUCUUCAUAACUAUUCAUUGGUUCGAAGAGCCCCCAUGGUAGAUGAGCAGUCUUUAUGCGAGCAUCACAACCAGAGGUUGCAAAAGAAAUAGUUUUGACUACAGUUCCCAGUAUCCCCAGAACCAUUGUUUGUUGGAGAUGUUUGGAAUGGUAGAACAAAGUAUAGCUUUUCCAAGCUCUGUUCAAAGCACUAUGCUACACCAACCUUCACCAUCUCAGCAAACCUCCUUGGUUAUUGGACUACAGUUCUCAUCAUUCCCCACCAGCAUGGAAAAAUGAUGAUGAGAAUUAUAGUCUGACAUCUGCAAGAUGCUGGGCUUAUGAAGGUUGUGCAAUAUUGAGGUGGCGCAGGGUGUAGCCUACCUAUUCUGUACAAUAUUAGGGAAUCCUAUCACAGUCGUAUCAGCUGAAUUUGGAUCCUACCUUGACUUUGGAGCAAGUGGCCUUCUCUUCAAUGAAAUCCAACCAAGGAUAUGUUUUAGAAGCUCUUGAAAGUGUGUAGAAGCAUCUCCCCUUUUGCGGUGGGGAGGGCUUAGCUUUCAGAGCAGCUGACAUGUUUUUAGUCUCGGCCGCAUUCGGAAACGUGUGAGCGUCCAGAUGUUCAGUGCAGCCAGCUGUGUAGUGUUUUUGCUGUGUGCUGUAGCAGUACUGUGCUGUGACUGCUGCCUGGCAUGGAGUCAUGAGAACCUCUGGCUUUUUCUAUACUGGCUUUGAAUCCUUUCCCCUCCCUUUGCCCUGUUGCACUGCGUCUUGCAAUCUUGUUGAAUGAAAAAAGUGCCACUUGCCUCCAGGAAUGCUGUAUGUACUUCGAUGCUGUUGGGAGGCAUGUCCAGCUGACCUUGGCUCCUCUUGGCUUUGUAUAUGUCUGCUAAGAAACUUUCUCCAACAGGAAAAUGUAGCAAAUGAGCUCAGAAGGAGCUGUGGGAUUUGCACCUUCCUGUCUCAGCAAAAGCUUUUCCCAAUUAAAUUGCUGUGAAAAACAGGGCUGAAAAGGUACCGCAGUGUGACAGAGAGCUUUGUGGUGAGAUAGGCACACACUGUGGCUCUUCCAACACUGAGAAGGAUGCAAAAAUAGCAGGGUGUGCAAAACCAAUCACUUGCCCUGAACGGCGACAGUGAAAGAAUAAUGCUAAACCUAAGUCUAGUGAGGCAGCUCAUUGUUGCUAAAACUGUUUCUGUACUUGUAUUUGGCAGACAAAUUGCAUGACUGAAACAUUCCUCCAUAGACUGGAGCAAAGAGAAAAACCAGUCGACAGUGUCUGGCAGGGUAGCUGCGUUAGCCUGUCGCAGCAAAUGCAACAACAAAAUUAUACUGUGGCACCUUAAAAGACUAGUCUUGCUUGGCAUAAGCUUUCCUGGGAUUGCUUACUGCUUGCUUCUGGUGGAGUGGGCAGCAGUUCAAGAAUGCAUACACCAUAGAAAAUAGACUAGUAUUUAAAUUGGGUUGGACCCAAGUUAUGGACUGUGGCAUCCAUUGGCCUUUACCACUUCGGUAAAAUGGUACCAUUGCCGCCUUGAGUCCCUAUAUUUGGAGAAAGGUGGGAUAUAAGUAAAUAACAACAACAACAACAACAACAUUUAUUAUAUUGUGUAGGUAGUUAUGCAAGUCGCAACCCUAGGGGCACAGAUUGUCCACCCUGAUUGUGCUAUUUCAGUAGAUGGGAUGCAACUCACCUAACCUGCGGACUCACCUCCUAACCAGCAAGGAGAUACAAGGGCUGAGAUCCUACAGGUCAAGCACAAUGUUAAGAGUGUUGCACACCACUAUAGCUCCCGUGUCAUUAGUGCCAGGACUUGUCAUGUUGCUGCAAUAACCCCCUCCUAUCCAUUCUGUGGCCAUAGCCAGACACAGACCAAGGAUACCUUCCAGCAAGAUCCACUGAGGUCCUCCAAAGGUCUCAGUAGAUAAUGUCAUUAGUCUGCAUCUAGUUAUAGGAACAUAGCCAGACACUUCUCUGAUUCCAUUUGCUUGCUUUCCAUCAGCCAUGAAAUGACAGUUGGGAGCAGCUAUCAGAGUAACACAGUUACUCUGGUCAUUGUAGAGAU